AUGGUUCUGGUCAACAAUUAUAGUUUGAUCAAAUUGUCUCCGGCAACGAAAAUCUAUUUCCAUGGCGUCGAUUUUGAGAAAAGAGAUAGCUACCUUGCCAAAAAUACAUUCCUGCGGAAUCAUGCAGCUCGCUUCAUGGAAGCUAUUAACGUAAUAAUUGGGCAAGAUAUGGAUAUAUUCAGUGUGGAAUCUUAUUUUCGAGUUGUUGGAAGCAAACAUCAUAGUUAUAAUCUAAAGCUUGAACACGUUCAGGACAUUUCUGAUGCUUUCCUUGAGAUGGCACGAAAUGCUUUGAAAAAAAAAUUUACGAAAAGUACGGAAGCUGCUUGGAGAAGCUUUUUCCAGAUGGUAACUGAUGCUAUUAAGAAUGGCAUAAUGAAAGCUCAGAACCGAAAUUAA